AUGAUGGACCUGAAGGUGGACGAGGAGGAGGUGGAGAACGGUCAGCCGGUCAGCAUCGAGGCGUUCGCCAGCAGUUCCACGCUGCACGGCCUGUCCCACAUCUUUUCCUACGAGCGCCUCUCCGUCAAGCGCUUCUUCUGGACCCUGUGCUUCCUGGGCUCCCUGGCGGUGCUGGUCUUCGUCUGCAAUGAGAGGAUCCAGUAUUACUUUCGCUACCCUCACGUCACCAAGCUGGACGAGGUGGCUGCCACCCACAUGACCUUCCCAGCCAUCACCUUCUGCAACCUGAACGAGUUCCGCUUCAGCCGAGUGACCAAGAAUGAUCUGUACCAUGCUGGGGAGCUCCUCGCCCUGCUUAACAGCAGGUAUGAGAUUCCGGACACCCAAAUGGCUGAUGAGAAACAGCUGGAGAUCCUGCAGGAGAAGGCAAAUUUCCGCAACUUCAAGCCCAAACCUUUUAACAUGCGGGAGUUCUCGGACCGGGCUGGCCAUGAUAUCCAGGAGAUGCUGCUCUCCUGCUUGUUCCGUGGGGAGCCAUGUAGCCCCGCUGACUUUAAAGUG